ACAAUUCGUGUUAAAUAGUAAUUUAUGACAUAUGUACUUCUAAACUAUAUAGAAAGCUUUCAUAAAUAUUUCUAUAAAUAAAUUAUUCAUCGGCUACAAUACGUAUAUACACAUAUGUAAUAUUUUAUUUCAUUGGCAAAGAAAAGUAAUUCAAAAUUAUUGCACGGACGUUGUAUAAAAGAUAUCGCAUUAACAAUCUCUUGGAUCAAUGUUGAUAAAUCGUGCUUUAUUAUAAUCCGAGUCGCUGAUGAAAUCAUGAAUAAUCUCACGCGCAUCAGCACGUAUCUUAAUUGUCGAUCGUUGUCGGCCAACAAUCUCCUAUGUUAUUUGAUUCCAUCACGAUCUUCGUGCCGAAUCUGGACACGAUGAUAAUGGUCUUGAGGAUAUAUGAAGCAGCCUGUUGCAGCUGGUGUCAUCAAGUUCUCAUCGAAACUCAUCAUGGCGAAUACGCGUAAUAUACUCGUGGUAUUUGCUAUCGCCUUUCUGGCCUCUUUAUCUUUAAGUUCGGCUUUUGCUAAGCAUAACUUGGAUACCCUUACCUUUGAGAAGUCUCUCGAUCACGAGUUACAACCAUUUCUUCGGGAAAAGAGACAGAAGGAAGCGGAAGUGUUUGUUCAUAGAGAUCUGAAAGAUAAUAAUCCUUUGGAAUUGGAAGAAGAGCUAUUGGAGCCGAAGUCUGUCUACGAGAGAAGAACGGUACGAGAGAAUGAAGCGAAGGAAAUCGACCAGAUAAGUCAGAAAGAUGGUGGAAAAAAUGAGAAACUGGAAAAACAAAGUAUCGAGAGCAACUCAAGCAACGACAUCGAGGAAGACGAGGAAGAUGCUCAGGAUGACGUAUUUUCGUAUAGGAAUAUGCACGACCUUAUCCAAGCAUUGAUUCUCGCGGAUGAGGAGGAAAUUGUUGAGAGACUGCAACAAUUGCGACAGUAAAGACGGAUUUGUUUACAGAAUGCUACGAAAUCCGAGGCAUCGAGCAAUUUACCAAAGCGUCAGGCGGUCGCAUCUGCAGCCGCGUCAGCGUCAGCCGCGUCGAGCGACCUUCUCGGGGCAAAUCUGUGGGAUGCCGUUCCUCUGGUUGAUCUGGAUGCUCACUCUUGCGAGGUUGAGGCUUUCUCACAUGGCCACUUCCACAUGUCGGGAACUAUUGUGCACGAAUUCUUCUGUGAACUGAGAAAGCUUUGGCACUACGUCUUGAUCAUCCUGCGAAACUUCAAAUCCGAGCUUACUUUAGGACCGUUGAUAGUCGGAGAUGUUGUCGCCGACGGCAUCUUCGGUCACUUGUUUCAUCAUGCCUCGCAUCUUUUCCAUAUUGUAAUCAAAGAACCCCAUCAUUUGUUGAUUCUACCCGAUAUAAUCCGAGACUGCAUACCAUUCCCCAGCAUCACCGGUGCCAUUCAUCGGCUCAGACUUGUAUUCCGCAAGGUGCUGCAUUUUGGGCUUGAUCUCUUCCACGGACACAUUCGUCACAUCCUCGCGCAUUUAUUCUCUCAUCGGCAUCUGAGCGUACAUUUCCGAGAGAGGCUGCGUCACUUGCUAAGAUGCGGCUCGACACUUCCGCUAGGGGAGAUAUCUACCACGUCUGCGGCGACGGCAACGGCGACGGCGACGGCGACGGCAGCAACGACAGCGACAGCGACCGCUUCCAGCGAUAGCUCGAUUAUUGCUCCGGAUUAUCAUCAGUCAUUGGCGGAAGUGCUGUCUUCGUUCCGCGGCUUCUACCACGGCUACCAUGCGUCUGGAAUACCUCAUCUGAUUAGAACUGGUGCAAGAAGCUUUCUCAAGUCCUCGGUGUUCUCCAGAAUCAGCACGUAUCUGUCGAGGAUACCUUUCUUUAGUUAUUUAGGAUGCGGCUCGGUCGGACAGAGCACCACAACUUCCACGACGGUGACGGCGUCCAGCACGUCAGCAAGUUCCGUUGGAAUCGGGGGUGGCGCGGUACUAAGUCCGGUGAUCAGCCCAGUGGUAGAGCCAACGAUAGUCCCGGUAGCAGCACCCGUUGUCCCAAUCGAGACCGAAACUGCGAGCUCCUCGGCGUCCGCCGCCGCCACCGUCACCGCCACCGUUGCCGAGACGCAGCCACUGUUUACCGCUGUGCCGACGAUCAUCCCUUCAGAAUCGACUUCUUCGAGUGCGGCAGCUGCCGCGACGGCUACAGUGGCUGCAACAACUCCGACGGUAGCCAACUACGAGACUGUGCCUCUGAUACAACCUGUACCCACUCUAUCUCCGGCGGUCUCUCUCGCUGAAAGUAGUUCCGUAGCCGUAGCGGCGCCGGUUCUGGAGGACAACGUGGCAACCGCCACCGCGGCUGCUGCUACCUCGACUCCGCUCGUUGGACGAGUGCCGCAGAUCCUGUCGUCGCGUAGACAUCGAAUCAGACCUAUCGUGUCUAAUGUCGCGACCGCGGCUGCGAGUGCGUCCUCCGCUUCCACGGAAGGCCACACUCUGCUCCGGCCUCGAUAUCGUGGACUCGAUCUUGACAUUGAUCGUAGACUCAGGUAUCCACUGAUCCGUUCGCGAGGCUUCCCCGCCGUGGCUGGCACCUCGUCAGCCGCCGCCACCGCCGUUGCCUCUACGGCGUCUGCCGCGGCCAGCAGUUCAGCCAGCUCCGUUUCCUCGGCCGGCUUCAACUUUAUAUUGCCCAGAGAACAAAUAGUUGCCGCUCUCGGUUACGACUACCUACUGCCUGGUGACGUCAUCGCGGUCACCCUAAAAAAUAAGGCGAUUCUGUUUGGCCGCGUGCUAGACGGUACCAGCCCGAUCACGUUCACUUUCCUCAGGCCGAGAAUGCGUGCCUCCUUGCUUCGCCACGGUGGACGAGUAUGGAAUCUCCUACCUAGAGACUUCAGAGAUCCUGAAUGCAUUCGGAAAUUCAACAAUCCCCUACUCCUGCGUUACAGCUUUUAAAUAUUAUUACUUACUAUCUAUGUGUCUCUCGUGACUAGUCCUCUAUUAUUAUUAUAGACUAUCGACAUAUAUUAAACAAUUGUAAUUCAUCUUGAUCGUGAAUAAAAAUGUGUCCUAAAAUUUA